AUGCGGCUCAAGAUGCUCGCCGACGAGCUUUAUGACAUUGGCACCAAGGUCUCUGACGACCUCAUGCUGAGCACCCUCACCGCUAGUCUUAACGAGGACUUCGUCAGCCCGCGCCUCCCCAAGAGCCGCAAGGUGGCGGGGGCCGGCACAACCGUCGGGGCGGCAGGGGCCCCCGCCAGCAACUGCCGCGCCUCAGGCUUGGUACCAGCGUAUCGCGGCCUUCCUGCAGUCUCUGGGAUUUUGUUCCACUCGCUCGAUGCCUCACUCUUCGUGUAUCAUCAGGGAGCCAACACUGCAUAUCUGCUGCUCUGCGUAACUGCUCGUCUUCGUGAUGAGUUCGCCCUCAAGGACUUGGGGCCCCUGCACUACUUCCUCGACAUCGAGGUGGUCCGCUGGACUGACGGCUGCUUUCUGCAUCAGCAGAAGUAUGCCCACGAGCUCCUGGAGCAUGCCGGUAUGCUUAACUGCAAGACGGCGCCCACCCCCAUCGACACGAAGGCGAAGGUCUCUGCUCUGGAGGGGUCUCUCGCAUCCGAUGGGGCAUUUUAUCGCUCCGUUGUUGGUGCUUUACAGUACCUGACGCUGACUCGACCCGACCUGCAGUACGUUGUUCAGCAGGUGUGCCUCCACAUGCACGCUCCACGUGACUCCCACUGGACAUUGGUGAAGUGUAUUCUCUGUUAUAUACGCAGCACCAUGUCUUUAGGACUCACCCUGAUGGCCUCCACCUCCACCGACCUCGUGGCCUACUUGGAUGCCGACUGGGCUGGCUACCCCGACACUCGACGCUCCACGUCAGGCUACUGCGUCUACCUUGGGCCCUCGUUGAUCUCUUGGUCAUCAAAGUGGCAGCCCACGGUCUCCCACUCCAGUGCCGAGGCAGAGUAUCGCACCGUGGCUAAUGCCGUGGCCGAGUGCUCUUGGCUCCGUCAGCUGCUCCAGCAGUUGCUUUGUGAUGUUCAUAAGGCCACUCUUGUCUACUGCGAUAACAUCAGCGCGGUCUACCUUUUCUCCAUCCCGGUGCACCAUCGACGUACGAAGCAUAUUGAGCUCGAUAAUCACUUCGUGCGCGAGCAGGUUGCCCUUGGUCAUGUUCGGGUAGACUAG